AUGAGCAGUUUGGUCUGCAGCUUACCCUCAGUGUCAGGCACGACCACCACACCGGCCAACGACUCCCCUGACCUCCCCCGAAGCUUCGAAUAUCUUGUCUACCCAGCCUUCGAACCCCUUGACUUCUCGGGCCCCUUCGACGCCCUCAACUACGUCGGCUCCCUGUACAAGCUCGACAUCCAUCUCAUCUCUGAAACUCUUGAUCCAGUCACAACCCGGCCCUCAAGCGCGGGCAUGAUUCCCCAGAACUCAAGCACUUUCUUCCAGAUCCUGCCGACGACGACUCUCACGACGGCUCCUGAUCUAGAUGUCCUGAUCGUCCCUGGAGGCAUCGGAUCUCGAUCUCCAUACCUCAACAGUACUAUCCACUUCAUCAGGGACCGAUACCCUAAGCUCAAGUACCUUCUGAGCGUCUGCACCGGCGCAUUGCUGUGCUCCAAAUCUGGUGUUCUGGAUGGAAGGAAUGCCACGACGAACAAGCGAUCGUACAAGAGCAUUACAGCGACGAACGACAAAGUCCACUGGGUGCCUGAGGCUCGAUGGGUGACCGAUGGAAACAUCUGGACAACUUCUGGUGUGUCUUCGGGCAUCGAUGGAAUGCUGGCGCUCAUCCGCUGCAUUUAUGGGGAUGACGUUGUGACGAACGUGGUCAACUCCAUGGAGUAUGAGCGUCAUGUGGAUGCCCAUUAUGAUCCAUUUGCCGCAGUAUGGAAUACAACUUCGGCAUAA